AUGUCCGGCAGCGACAUGUUUCAAGUCGUCGGCUCACUUCGAAAGAAGGAGCGUGACGACCCUGGGCGUGCUUCUUGGUCAACGCUAGCCGAAUAUUUGAAAGUCGCAGAGCAGUGCGAGCAGCCCAAAAAGCGGCUUGCUCCUGAUGCUGGGGUGGGAUUGUUGGCGGAUAGUGAUCGGGAACUGGAUGCCGGCGAAUCCCAUUGCAGUUUGUUGUUCGACGAUGAAGCGCUCGGGUAUCUUGCAGAAAUGAUGUCUCGAUGUGUGCUUGCGAGUUCAAAGCUUGGAGGCUUCGGGGUUCAGUUUCGGGGUUCGGUGUUGACGUGGGGUAUUUGGCGAGGUGGGUUUCUGCAACCAAUGAAGCUGUAG